UUUUUGAAUUCAAAAGCAAAGGAGUUGUUGUCUUGUUAGCAUUUGUAGACCCAUUGCACAACACAAGCUACCAUUACCAGCGCAUACUAUAUUCAAUGGCCGAUCAGCUACACUCGAGGAAAUAUGCGGAGAUUGUUUUGAUUCGUCACGGCGAAACCGAUUGGAAUGUUGAGCGCAGAAUUCAGGGGCAGCUGGAUGUUGAUUUAAAUGAUCGUGGCAGGCAGCAGGCAUUUGCUGUGGCCGAGCGGCUCGGAAAGGAACCUAAGCUGAAUGCAGUCUAUUCUUCCGACUUGAAACGAGCAUUUGACACUGCUCAGAUGAUAGCACAAAGCUGUGGCGUGCUUAAGGUGAUUACUGAUCCAGAACUGCGAGAGAGACAUCUCGGGGAGCUUCAAGGCCUUCUUUUUGUUGAAGCAGAUCAAAUUCAGGAUCCUAAAUUCACUGCUUCUAGACACAAUCGUGACGCAGGAGUUCCAGGUGGUGGAGAGAGUUAUAACGAGGCGUACAACCGGUGCACGCGGGCUGUGCAGAGGAUUGCAAAUCAACACAUAGGGGAGAGAGUGGUGGUAGUAUCUCAUGGGGCUGCCAUAGAGGCAAUCUCUAAGAAGGCACUUCCAUCUGAAGAUUUUAAGGGGAAGGUUCCAAAUGCAUCCAUCAAUGUUCUCCAUGUCUCCUAUCAUGAUUGGGCCAUCAACUCCUGGGGCGAUGUUACUCACCUCAAAAAUUUAGGUGUUUAGCCAAGCUUCAAGCACCAAAAGUUCACUACUUCAACUUAUUCACUCAUGAGCAAUAAUAAGUUUACUUAAACAAUCUUAUUAUAAUUUGUCAUUCCCAACCUUCUAUUUUUCCUCAUCAAUAUAUCUACUUUGAUGCAACGAAUUGGUAGUUGUAUCAAUGAGCAUGCAUGAAUCCAUUUAAUUUGUUGUUACCAUAUUAA